AUGGCCCUCGCAAGCAGCGGGGCCUUCACGGCCCACACGCGCAGCAACAUCAGCAGCACUCCCAACAUGCGCAGCAGCAGUGGCCUCUGCAGCGGCAGUGGUGUUAGGAGGGCCGCGAGCCGCGGCCAGACCGUGCGCGUCUGCGCGCGGCGAGGCCGCGGCGAUCGCCGCAAGCCGCCCCCGCCGGACCUGCCUUCGCUGCUGUUCGACCAGCGCAUCGUCUACCUGGGGAUGCCGCUGGUGCCCGCCGUGACCGAGCUGAUGGUGGCGGAGCUGCUGUACCUGGAGAAGCAGGGCGGGUCCAUGCCGAUUGAGAUGCUCAUCAACAGCUCCGGCACGACGCGGCAGGACGGAGAAAUCCUGGCGUUUGACAGCGAGGGCAUAGCCCUGACGUCAACCAUGGGCUUCGUCAGGAACCCGAUCUCGACUGUGAACAUGGGCCUGGCUGUGGGGUGGUCCGCGGUGGUGCUGUCGUUUGGCAAGAAGGGCUGGCGCAAGAGCCUGCCGCACUCGCUAGCCAUGCUGCAGCAGCCGCGCGUGCCGCCGACUGGGCAGCGGCAGGCCGUGGAGGUGCACAUCAAGUGGCGCGAGGUCCUGGACUUCAAGCGCGAGCUGCUGCGCAUGCUGAGCAUCGGCACCGGCUGGGACGUGCACAAGCUGGACGCGGACAUGCAGCGCCCCCUCUACAUGCGCCCCAAGGACGCCCUGGAGUACGGCCUCAUCGACGAGAUAAUCGCGCCCGACGCCGGCAAGGCGGCCGCGGCGGAGCAGUACUGGCUGCGCAGCGGCCGCGCAGAGAGCGAGGGGCGGCUGGAGCAGUGGAAGGAGUACAUCGACACACAGGAGGCGUACGCGAUCAAGGACAGCUUCCGCAAGGUCCGCGCCCAGCAGCUGCGCGACAGCUACCGCGCAGCCGCCCAGGCCAUCGAGCCUGCCGAUGCCAUCGCGCCGCGGCUGGAGCGGCUGCGGUCAUCCCUGCCUCAGGAUGCUCUUGUGGACGGCGGCAAGGCCAUGAGGCUGCCCUUCAGCAGCUGA